AUGGCCGAAUAUGAAGACGAUUACAUGUCGGACGCUUUCCUGAAUCAAAUUUCGGAUGUUCGUCCUGGUGUACUGAUGGUCAAACGCGUAAAGGAAGCUUUGAGAAAAGAAACACGACACAAAGAGAAGAACGUACAGAACCGCCAGAAGAGCUACAAAGAACAAGAGUGUGAGAGCCGUGAUGCAGCACUGCAGAGCUCCAUAAGCACUGAAAAUAAAGGCUUUGCAUUACUACAGAAGAUGGGCUACAAAGCAGGACAAGGACUGGGCAGAGAAGGUGCAGGACGGGUUGAGCCGGUUCCUCUAAGCAUCAAAACAGACAGAGGAGGGAUUGGAAUGGAAGAACUGAAGAAAAGAAAAGCUCAUGAGGAGCUUCAGAAUUACAGGAAGAAGCUGCAAAUGAAACAACAUAUGGAGAAGAAAUCACUAGAGGAUUUCAGAGUGCGUAAGAGUACGGAAAGAGAGGAGCGUCAAACUCUGGGCGACCUGAGGAAGAGCCAACGGGCCUGUGAACCGCUCGACAGUCAGAAGGGAAUAACUGUUCCCAGGGACAGCUGGUACUGGCCUGAAGUAGAGAAAGAGGACGAUGACGAUGAGGAAGAGGAAGCAAAGGCUGAGGGAAGUGAGGAUGAGGAGGAACUGACACCUUUAGACAAGCUGCAGUUUCUCACCUCGUACUUGCGAGGAGUCCAUUUUUACUGUAUAUGGUGUGGGACGGCGUAUAACGAUGAGGAGGAUUUGGGCUUGAAUUGUCCUGGUGACACGGCGGCAGAUCAUGAUGACUAG